AUGGGCAGGACAUGGGAAGGAUUUGGUACCGACGGGACGGAAUGGUUGGCCGAGGCAACCCUGGCUCCCUGCAAGCAGCUGAGGCAACAGGUCCGUAUCGGCCGAGUUGGACAUAGUCCGCUGCGACAUGGAAGGGUCGAGAUGCUUGACCUCUAUCGUAAAAAGGGGUUCUGCAAGGCUAGCCCGAGUUUGAACACCACAAUAGCAAGGGAUAUUUGGGCCUAUCCUCUGUCGUGGAAUGCUUUGCUGCAUUGUAUUGAGAUGGGUGAUGAAACGGGUGUUGGUAGCAGUGAAGGACAGCAAGGUCAGAUGGUUGAAAAUGGGUUGAAGAAGUGGAUGAUGGCACCUGGGAAGUUGAGGGCAAGGGGGGCAUGA